UCUGUAAUAGUCAGCGGUUCUUUCUGUCUUGUAAAUACGUAUUUUAGCUGCCGCUGAUAGCCACAUCCCAAAGCCGUCGUUAGCUUAGCAUUUCAAGCUGUUGAAUAAAAGUUAAACGAUCGAUGACAAACGAUAAGCGACGUCCAGUUCCUCUUUGCAGACACACCGCGUCUUAAUAAUGUUUACGUGUCGUUCUUUCACCUGUUUUAUUGAGUCUUGUGACAUGGCCUCAGCUCCAGCACAACAGCCCACCCUGACUGUUGAGCAGACCAGAGUGGUGCUGAGCGAGGUGAUCCAGGCCUUCUCGGUACCAGAGAACGCCGCACGGAUGGACGAGGCAAGAGAGAGCGCCUGCAACGACAUGGGCAAGAUGCUGCAGCUCGUCCUCCCCGUCGCCACCCAGAUUCAACAAGAGGUCAUCAAAGCCUACGGAUUCAACAACGAAGGGGAAGGUGUCCUUAAAUUUGCCAGACUGGUGAAGAUGUACGAAACCCAGGACCCCGAGAUUGCAGCCAUGUCCGUUAAACUGAAGUCUCUCCUCCUGCCGCCGCUGUCAACGCCACCUAUAGGCGGCGCCAUUCCCGCUUCGUAGGACUCGUUUAAAUUCAUCGGUCAACGUCAGAGUUACUUUAAUUUAAUGCUCAUGACCGUGCUGUAAAUCUGGGAUCAUGUCUGCCAUCUGAAAACACUAACGCAGCACGUUCCUACAAAAAAAAACACAUACAUAGCGUUUCUAUAUUACAGCUUCAUUUAAAGCAUCCUCGUUUGACAAUUGCUUUUAAAACUAUUUAUUUGUUAAAUGUUACACUAUGACCAUUUUCUUAUGUCACUGAACUUUAAACUUUUUCUUUUAAUGCCAUCUUUUAUACCAUUUUUGUACACUGUCAAAUGUCUUUUUUUUUUGUUGUAUAUUAAAAUCAAGAUGUUUUCUCUGAA